UUCAGCUCCGUUGACCGAGGGGUGUGUGUGGAGACAGUCGAAGUGAGGGACUAGCGUGCUAAGCCAAUAGGAAGAGCGGUUAUUGGCAGGCGGAGUUGCGUUGGCUGGAGGCUUUCUGUGGCUGCUGGUGCAAUCGUGCAGGAAGGGGCCUGAAGCAGCUGACAUCAGUCUCACCACCACCAUUUGAUGCAAACAGCAACCUUGUGAGAUGCCAUGGAUUAUGACCAUGUUGUACAAAUAGUGGAUGCUAUUAUGGAGAUGGAGCUUCCAGGGAAUCAACCCAGAGGAAAACAGAAAGUAUAGUUUAAAAUGAUUCUUGGACAAGUUGCAUAACCGAGGCACGGCUAUGUUGCGAGAUACCAUGGGAAAGACUUUUCGUCUUCUUGGGUACACCAUUCAGUAUGGCUGCGUAGCUCAUUGUGCUUUUGAAUAUCUUGGUGGAAUUGUUGUGUGUUCAGGACCUUCAAUGAAGCCUACAAUUCAAAACUCAGAUAUUGUCAUUUCAGAGAAUCUCAGCUGCCAUUUUUAUUCCAUUCAGAAAGGUGAUAUUGUCAUUGCAAAAAACCCAAGUGAUCCAAAAUCAAAUAUCUGUAAAAGGGUAAUUGGCUUGGAAGGAGAUAAAGUCUGUACAAGCGAUCCCUCAGAUGUUAUUAAGAUUCACAGUUAUGUACCUAAAGGACACGUUUGGUUAGAAGGUGAUAAUCUCAGAAAUUCUACCGACUCCAGGUGUUACGGUCCUGUUCCAUAUGGGUUGAUAAAAGGACGUAUUUGCUUUAAGCUGUGGCCUCUGACUGAUUUUGGACUUCUACGUGCAAGCCCCAAUAGUAAUAGGAUUUGUAAGGACUGAAUGAAUUAUGCUCAUCUGAGUUCUCCUACAGCCUUAAAAACACCCUCCAUAAAGAUACUUUAUAUACAAUAAAAAUUGUGCAGUUAAGAUGCAACUUGUUUAAAA